AUGGGUGGCCCCAGCACCAAGCCUGCGCCCGCGCGAAAGACUGAGCGAUCCCAUGAAGAGAAUCAAGAGCGAGCAUACAUCGCUGCCUCGAGAAGAGCGGACCGAAGCAUUGAAGCCCGUGUUCAGUCCGCCAAGAUGGCCAGCGAAAUUCAUAAGAAGCGAACCGGCAAGGCUUUCCGUAUAACAGAGGAGAUCGUUAUGAAGGAAGAGAUGUACGAGGAAGAAGACGAUGAUUUCCCCCGAUCCUACCGGCUUCUCAAAUCCAACAUGCAGACUUCCAACGCUGAGCUCAAUGCGAGAGUGGACGCUUACCUUACCAAUCGCGUAGCCAUGUCACAGCUUCUCUCUGCCACUGAGGCUGACUGGCGUAACAACGAGAUUAACCAGACUUUCGCACAAUUCUUCCCGCAAGCCCAGCGUCAAGCCCAAUCGAUGUCACACCGUUGGUCAACGCCAGGCUACUCGAUACCGCAGUUACAGACUAACAGUGUGUCGAGCCCGAUGGAGCAACAUUUUGAUCCAAACUUUCAGGCCGUCAACUACGCACAGCAACAACCAACCAGACACGACGAGCGCAGUCACUCAAUGUCGGGUCUGUCUCCUACCGAGUCAAGAAACGAUGCUCUAUCGCCACCAGCCCUUACUCCUGGUUCAGGCACUCACUCUGAGACGCCUCAAUCUCGCUGCGCCUCUACCUUUACAAAUGUUCAGCAGCAACCUGUGAUGGAUUUCGGCCAUGAGGGUUCUGCAUUUACCACAGAGCUACCUGCUGAGGCCAGGAUGCUUUUGGACGGUGUUGGCAUGAAUGAUUUCAGCCCUGCGCUGUACGGCGAGCACCAGAACUGGGGUGCCCAACAGUCAUUCCACUACGGCGACGAUACCAAGUACUUUAAAGAAGAGGAGGCUGAGCUUGGUGCUGGUGGCGAAAAGUACCCCGAUGUCCUUGAUACAAUGAACUGGGGCAACGGAGACUACGCGACGCCAACCAAGAACUGCACCGAGGACUGGGACACCUAUAUCAACGACCCAUGGGUCACUGACCAACAGCAAUAA